CCCCUACAAUGUUUACGAACUGCGUACACGUGUGUCAAGCAGUCUCUUGCAUGAGCUUCAGGUGACUGCAUCUGCAUCGAAAUUAUUGUGACAUGCACCAUGGCAUCUCCCCCUCCAGAUCCCAGCUUCAUCUUGCGAGGAGCCAGCAGCCCAAUAACCAGUUUGGCCUUCUCCUCUCCACACACUCUCUACAGUGGCACCCUGGAUGGGAAAGUGCUGCAGUGGAGUUUAGCUUCGCGGCGUGUUCAGUCCAAGAUUGAUGGUCACGAGGGCCACACCGUCCUGUGGGUGUGUCCUCUGUCGGAGGACUGUGUCCUGAGUCAGGGUAGAGACGGUUUUGUCAAGUCCUGGCAGUAUCAAGAAGGGUCCUUCACAAACACAGGCAACAUGCGUUGUGCUUCAAUGGGCUUCUGUGGCAGUAGUACAGUCCUCCACAACAACUCCCAACUCAUCGCCACACCCAGCACAGUCACAUCGCAUGUUGACAUCUACGACAUCCAAAGCAAACAUUGUGUGAUGGCUCUCAAACCUGACUGCAGCAGCCAGAAGGUUGGGAUAUGUAUGUCAAUCAAAACUGCCAACAGCCAGUCAGAAAACAACCAAAUUUUGAUCGGAUAUGAAAAUGGCAGUGUAACCCUGUGGGAUUUACGAACACAGAAAUGUGUCGGCACUUUAGAGAGACUGCAUGGGGACUCUGUCAUGUGCAUGGGCUUUUCGUCCAGUUCCAGGAAAGGUAUUUCUGGAUCUGUGGACAACAAGCUGGUAUGCUGGAGAGUUGACACGGAGAGCUGUCUUCAGAAAACUGGUGAGCUGGAAAUAACCAACCCAGGCCUCAAUGACAUUGUUGUGCGAAGUGAUGACAAGAUAGUUGCUUGUGCUGGAUGGGACAAUACUAUCCGACUGUUUGGCCUGAAGAAGAUGAAGCCCCUGGCUGUACUGUGCUAUCACCGUGACAGUGCUCAAUGUCUGGCGUUCUCCCAGGACAAUCUGUUAGCCUGUGGUUCUAAAGAUCAACUGAUCUCGGUAUGGGAUAUCUACAGAUAAGGGAGUAAGUGAGUUGGGUUUAAUGCCACUUUGAAAAGUAUCACACUUGUACACUGCAUAUUGGCUUGAUGUGGGACGACUUUCCUGUGACACAGGUUGUAAGUGCUGAGCCUGGUGCAACCCAUUAGAUUUUGUUUGUUUGUAUGUAUGUUUAACACCACACUCAGCAAUAUUCCAGCUAUAUGACGGCUCGCAGUGUCGAGGUGUGUGUGUGUGUGUGUGUGUGUGUGUGUGUGUGCGUGCGUGCGUGCGUGCAUCCUCGGUGUUCAAUACAUGUUUCAUGCAUACACACAAAUAAAAGUUACAUUUUUACAAAUUUUGUUUCAGUUGCGUUCUUGACCCAUGAAGAUCCGGGGUAGAAUAGGUCUUCAGCAACUGAUCAGUUGUGUAGAUGUUACACUGAGUGUCCCAUAGGCUAACAUCAUAUUGCUUGCUGCUGGAUUAAAGACCCAGCCCACACAGAAACGAUUACCUCCCCAACACAUCUUUAUGAUCAUGUCUGUGGUCAAGUGGGUAGUGGGGUAUCAUGGUAAUAUGGGGCAUAUUAUGUUUGUUUGUUUGUCUGUUGCUUAACGCUUCACUCAGCAAUAUUCCAGCUAUAUGAC